UGACCCGUUCGUGUUACAUAAUAAAGCUCGUCAAGUUACAAAGCUUCAAGGGAGCUGUGGCAGAAUGCAUCCAAAAUGUAUUCCUCUGGCUGUGUUACUGGUAACUUCAUGUUUUGCAGCUUACAUCGUUGUAGUAAAUGGAGCAUGUAGCGAGGCAGAUCAGGCGAAUGAAGUGCAGAAAUGCGAGAAAACCUUUGUGGACACGAUGAUCAAGAAUUCUAGUGCCAAUUGCACUGUAGAGGUUGGUAAAAUCCAUCAAUGCCUUGAAAAACUGUCAAAGAGUUGUUACCCCCAAGUCAAUGACAAGGUGAUCAAGCAGAUAGUAUCAAUUGGAAUGACACAAAUCCAAGCCCUUCAAUUCUACUGCAUGGAAACAAAGUUAAAUUACACUUGGUCUAAUGUUGCACCAAGUGUUAAGAAUCAGCUGUCUUCUUGUGCUGUGUCUUUUGAUGAAACUGCUAAUCAGUGCAGUAAAGACUUCAGGUUGAAGAUGCAGAAAACUCCAAAAGAUAGUGCUGCAGUAUACAGGAGUUAUGAAGAUUCAAACAAAUGCAUCCAGCGGGCAGCUUCAAAAUGUCCAACCAGUAGUGGGACAACAAAAACCACCACUGCUUUUUGGUUUAAUGCAACAUUACUAUUAAUUGCUUCAAUUGCUAACAUAAUUAAAGCAUACUAGUUAACGUUGCUUUGUUAAGAAGCAACUGGACCAAAACCCUAAAGUAAUAGCAGAGCUCCCACGCACAACUGUUAUUUUGUAUUUUGCAUUAUUCUUUUYGUCUCAGUUGUUCUUGUUAAUAAGUUUAACUGAAUGUAUACUUUUUUUGUAUAAUGUCCUGCCUCGCAUCCAAAGUACCUUUUUGAACAGGGUCUUCUAUAUUUCCAUUUGGUAUGAAAGGAUGUAAGUUUUUUUUGGAUGGCCCAAGUUUUGGACAUGCAUUGAAGAUGCUCCAAGAUAAAAAAAGUAUUCAUGUAAAUUAGUUUGUAAUAAAUAAAUAAAUAAUGUUAAGGUA